AUGCCUUGCUUAAGUUAUGCAAACAUCACCUCAAUCACCAACUACUACCGCCAUGCAGAACCACCAACCACUACCGCCAUGCAGAACCACCAACCACUACCGCCAUACAGAACCACCAACCACUACCGCCAUACAGAACCACCAACCACUACCGCCAUACAGGACCACCAACCACUACAACCAUACAGAACCGCCAACCACUACCGCCAAACAGAACCACCAACCACUACAGCCAUACAGAACCACCAACCACUACAGCCAUACAGAACCACCAACCACUACCGCCAUACAGAACCACCAAUCACUACCGCCAUACAGAACCACCAACCACUACAACCAUACAGAACCACCAACCACUACCGCCAAACAGAACCACCAACCACUACAGCCAUACAGAACCACCAACCACUACAGCCAUACAGAACCACCAACCACUACCGCCAUACAGAACCACCAACCACUACCGCCAUACAGAACCACCAACCACUACAGCCAUACAGAACCACCAACCACUACAGCCAUACAGAACCACCAACCACUAAAGCCACACAGAGCCACCAACCACUAGCCCCACACAGAACCACCAGCCACUACCACCAUACAGACCCUCCAGCCACUACCACCAUUCAGAACCACCAAAUAUUCCUGCCAUACAGAACCUCCAACCACUACCACCAUACAGAACCACCAACCACUACCACAGUACAGAACCACCAAUCACCACCACCAUACAGAACCACCAACCACUACCACCAUACAGAACCACCAAAUAUUCCUGCCAUACAGAACCUCCAACCACUACCACCAUACAGAACCACCAACCACUACCACAGUACAGAACCACCAAUCACCACCACCAUACAGAACCACCAACCACUACCACCAUACAGAACCACCAACCACUACCGCCAUACAAAGUCACCUGCCACUAGCCCCAUACAGAACCACCAACCAUUACCACCAUACAGAACCACCAACCACUACAGCCAUACAGAACCACCAACCAUUACCGCCAUACAGAACCACCAACCACCACCGCCAUACAGAACCACCAACCACUACCACCAUACAGAACCACCAACCACUACCACCAUACAGAACCACCAAUCACCACCACCAUACAGAACCACCAACCACUACCGCCAAACAGGACCACCAACCAUUACCACCAUACAGAACCACCAACCACUAAAGCCAUAG